AUGGUUAAGAAGAAGCAAGUCGUGCCCGAGGCACCAGAUGUAGAGGCGGAGACCUCAGCCAAUGAGGAACAGCCAUCUACUGAGAUGGAGGUAUACGCGGUGGAAAGAAUGGUUCACAUCGAAAAUGAGGUUCUGAAAAUCCGCCACGAGAUGAGCGACUACAAGAAACAACUUUCUAAGCUCAACGAGUUAGAUGAGAUCAAGGAGAUGAUGAGAGUCAUGACGGCCAAUCAAGAGGCCCUUAGGAGAAACAACCCGGAUCCCCCACAGCCCCACGUUGAUAAGGGCAAGGGCAUACUCAAUGGACCGCCCAAUGUUGGUCCUAAUCCCUUCCAUUCGCAAGCCGGCCCUAGUAGACCACCACCCGGGGGGAAUAACAGCAAUAAUGGAGGUUUCCAAGCACAGCCCACCAACCUCAACAACUAUCACGGUGGGCAUCAUAACUCCUCGCCUGAGUGGGAGAACCGAGAGCCUUAUGGACCCCAAUCCAGCCAGUAUAGGUCCAGAUUUGGAGGCACACAGUGGGAGAAUAUUAAUUCAGAUCGUAGAUGGGGUGAUAGAGGAGACCGUGAACCACCUUCUUGGGAGCCAUAUAGAGAGUGUCAGGCAGCGCCAAGAAACCAACCGAGGAUUCCUAUGGUUCGCAUUGACUUCCCUAGAUUCAAUGGCAAGGAACCCUUAGAUUGGAUUUUUCAAGUGGAGGAGUACUUCACAUGUCAGAUGAUUCCAGAUGAAGAAUGGCUUCAAACGUCCAUUCUACACUUCGAUGGCGAAGCUAGGAGAUGGUAUCGUUGGCUCAAGCUCAAGGAGCCAGUCAAUACGUGGGGAGAGUUCAAAGAAGCUCUCAUGCUCAGAUUUGGUGAGUCUUCCUAUGUAGAUUACGACAUCGAGUUGCGUAAUCUAAGACAAACCGCAUCCGUUCAAGAAUACCAAGCCAAGUUUGAGAAUUUAGCAAGCAUGGUUGAUUGGACACCCAAGUCCCUCAUUGCCGCAUUUGUUGGAGGAUUGAAGGAGGAAAUUCAAAUAGAUAUACGGGCUGAGCCUAACACGGAGUUGCGGAAGUGCUUUGCCAAAGCACGUUCCAUCGAGGAUAGGCAAAGAAAGAAACAAGCCUUGUACCGACAAUGGAGAAACCCCGAAACCGUCCGUGUGAGGGAGAUCCCUCAACUGCAAAAACUCCUUCCAGCCCCUCCGCAGAAGUGGGACCCUACGCACAAGUGCAAGCACAUUCGAGUCUACACGGUUUUGGAUGGUGACGCCGACGAUGAAGGGGAAGAAGACCAAUCCCCUACGAUCGAAGAAAUAGAGGAAUUGGAGGCCCGAGAAGAGCCUCAAGAGCAGGAAAGGCCACCUCCUGAGGGCGCUUGUCAUACCAUGACAGACCCUAACCGACCGGAUGCUAUGAGAGUUAUAGGGCAAACUGGAAAGAGAAAUGUUCUGGUUCUUUUGGAUUCGGGGGCUACUCACAAUUUCGUGGGUGACCACCUCGCUCAGGAAUUGAAGUGUACCAUCGAAGAGCACCCAACUCUUAAAGUACUGGUGGCCAAUGGUGAGUGCCUCCCUUGCACUCGCAAGUGUGCAAACGUAGAGCUCGUGCUUCAGAAGAUCCCUUAUACAGUCGACUUGCUAGUUGUCCCUCUACCCAGCGUAGAUAUCAUUCUUGGAGUCAAAUGGCUCAAGACCUUAGGGCGAAUUUGGUGGGACUUCUCUACCAUGGAGAUGUGCCUGCCUAAGGAGGGUGGAGGAAAGGAAGUAGUGCUAAGGGCAGUCGAUCCUAGUUUGGCACCCAAGGCAGCGCUAAAGGCUAUAGCAGUCCAGAGACCAGCGGCUUGGUUAGUUUCAGUGGCAGAGGAAGUUGUCGCUCAAGAAGGAUCAGAAGAGAGAGUACCCGAGCAGAUUCAGAAAGUGUUGGAUGAGUUCAAGGAUAUAUUCGAAGAACCUAAAGGACUCCCUCCACCUCGAUCAUAUGACCACAGGAUAGUGUUGACCAACGGCACAGAGCCGGUUAACGUACGCCCAUACCGCUAUGGGUACGCUCAAAAAUCAGAAAUUGAGCGAUUGGUCAAAGAAAUGCGAGAAAGUAAUAUUAUUCGGCCUAGUUCUAGUCCCUUCUCAUCACCAGUCCUUCUCGUCAAGAAAAAGGACAACACAUGGAGAUUCUGUGUGGAUUACAGGGCCUUGAACGAAGCUACUGUCAAGGAUAGGCAUCCAAUUCCUGUUAUUGAUGAACUCUUGGAUGAACUAUCUGGAGCUCGCAUAUUCUCCAAGUUGGAUCUCCGGUCAGGGUACCACCAAAUUAGAAUGUAUGAGGAAGACAUUUCGAAGACGGCAUUUCGUACCCAUGACGGCCAUUAUGAGUUUUUGGUCAUGCCGUUUGGACUUACGAACGCGCCCGCGACAUUCCAACGAUGUAUGAAUGACGUGUUUCGUCAGUUCCUGCGUGACUUCGUGUUAGUCUUCCUUGAUGACAUUCUUGUGUACAACCAGUGUAUUGAACAGCAUGUCGAUCACCUUCGUACAGUGUUGAGAGUAUUAAGGGAGAAUACCCUAUUCGCGAAAAUGUCCAAAUGUAGCUUUGGGCAGACUUCUAUUGGGUAUUUGGGUCACAUCGUAUCACAUGAGGGGGUCAGAGCCGACCCUGAAAAACUCCAGGCCAUGGAGCAAUGGCCCUUGCCGAAGGACCCACGAGGCAUGCGGGGAUUUUUAGGCCUCACGGGGUACUAUCGCAGAUUUAUCAAAGGCUAUGGUUUGAUCGCUUCUCCCUUGACGCACAUGUUAAAAAAGGGGGAGUAUACAUGGUCUGAGAAAGCAAGAGAGGCCUUUGUCAAACUCAAGGCCGUUAUGAUGAAUGCCCCAGUACUUGCUCUCCCUGAUUUCUCUAAGGAUUUCGUGAUUGAGACAGAUGCUAGUGACGUUGGCGUCGGUGCAGUUCUGAGCCAAGAGGGCCACCCAAUUGCGUUUAUGUCUAAAGCCCUCACAGAGCGGGCCAAACCCUUUUCCACCUAUGAAAAGGAGCUUUUGGCAAUAGUCUUAGCAGUAGACAAGUGGAGGCCCUAUCUGAUUGAGCGAAGAUUUGUGGUGAGAACGGACCACAGCAGUUUGAGGUACAUGGUAAAGCAACGCGUCUCGACUCCUAUCCAGCAGAGAUGGUUAGCCAAACUCCUUGGCUACGAUUUCACAAUAGAGUACAAGAAGGGAACCGAAAACUCUGCUGCGGACUCCUUGUCACGCAUGCCAGAGCAACUCAAAACUCUUUCUGUGAUCGAGACCGAUCUUUGGGAUAGACUAACUCAGGAGCAAGAUCAGGAUCUAACUCUCAGGCUCCUCAAGCAGUCCAUACGCCAGAAUCCAGAGUCUAUUCCCCACUAUUCGUUAAGAGGAGAAAUACUCUGCAAGAAGAGACGAGCCUUUGUACCUAAGAACUCGCCUCUCAAGUUUUGGUGGGAGGGAAUGAAAGCAGACGUGAGGGAUUACGUGAAAGCCUGCCCUACCUGCCAACGUGAAAAAUAUGAGGCCAUCAAGCCUCCAGGGCACUUGAACCCUUUGCCCAUACCGGAUAAGCCAUGGGAAGAUGUAUCAAUGGACUUCAUUGAUGCAAUGCCCCGAGCUGAAGGGAAAGAGGCGGUGUUGGUCGUGGUAGAUCGCUUAACCAAGUACAGCCAUUUUGUGGCCCUACCUAGAAACUACCAUGGACCAAUGGUUGCUAAUGUUUACCAAUAUCACGUUGGAAAGCUGCAUGCCAAGAGGAUCACUGGUUCACUUAGGAAGAAGCUCUCCCUAAAUCGGUUCUUACGAGUCACAAGGGAGACUCUUAGCCGAUAG